UCAGAGCAGCAGCGCGCGCGCUUGACAGUUGUAGAGGAGCGCGGGGACCACAACACGCGCUCCCAUCCUGCACCUACCGGUUACUAGUGCAAAUGUGUCUCCGCGACGUUAGUGAGACGUGCCAGGUGCCUCCUAAGGAGCGGAGCUGCCGACCUCACUGGUUCGUUACAUCCUGAAUCCUGGUGGGAUCACUGAUGAUCUUUGUUGCUGUCCUCUCCAACUCCUGUUUUCCUCCCACUCUUCCUCCUUAUGCCUCUCCUCCCCUUUCUUAAACUCCCCUCCCCUCCUCCUGUGUGUCUCCUAACCCGGGCUUAUUACUCAAACUCACCGAAGGGAGCAACACAGUAGCUGGCAAAGGAUGAAGCGGGUCUGCCUGCCGACACCAGACAGAGGAUAGAAGACACAAAAGGACCAGCGAAGGGGAGAAAGACAGAGAGAGAGACUAGUGGAUAGAGCUACAACGAAGCUGUGAGAAAAGCAACAACAACAUUUAAGAUGCCACACCGAAAGAAAAACAAAAGUUUCACUUGAGCGUCAUGAGCUAGCAAGGGACCCCUAACAGAUCUAGAACUGUGUCACGCUUUUUAACAAACUUUUGGCUUAGACACACAUAAAAAAAAGUUGUGGAGACACUCACUCCUGCUCGCUGGGACUCCUUGUUAACACCUGCUAUGCCUCUGUAAGAAGUGUUAGCCAUGCCAGCCAAGGGGAAGUACCUGUUGAACGACCAGGAGCUGAAAAAUGAGGCACUGUACCGCAAAUUCUCCUGCAUCUGCCAGUAUCAGCCACUGGUGCUCCUGCUGGGCCUCUCCAUGCUCUCCUGUGGUAUCCUCCUCAUCCUCUUCUUUGCCCUUCGACUGAGUGCAAAGGAACACUGUGCCUUUGUGAGCGUGGUAAGCGGCAGCCUCUGUGUGUUCCUGGCCGUGUUUGUGCUGGUGUGUACAGAGAUACUCUCACAGCGAUGGAGACGACUGCUGGGCCUGAUCGUCUGGGCCACACACCUCACCAUGGGCCACACGUUCAUCUUCCGCAGCCCCAUCAUCCUGCCUUGGGACCAGGUGCCUUUCUUCCUCUUCAUCAUCUUCACCGUGUACACCAUGCUGCCAUUCCAGUUGUGGUACGCUGUGGUGCUGAGCGUCAUCUCCUCCCUGUCCCACAUUAUGGCCCUUACAGUGCGCCUUUACAUUUACAGCAAUGACCCCACCCCUUACCUUGCUAACCAGCUGCUGUCCAAUGUAGUGGUGUUUCUGUGUGGCAGUGUGGUGGGAGCCUUCCAUAAGGUCCUGAUGGAGAAAACCCUGAGGCAGACGUUCCAAGACACCCUUAGGUGCCUGAGCAUGCGGAUGAAGCUGGAGAUAGAAAAAAGACAACAGGAGAACCUGUUGCAGUCUGUGCUGCCAGUCUAUAUCUCCAUGAAGAUGAAGCUGGCAAUCAUGGAGCGCUUGCAAGACUGUAAAGACAAAGCAGAGCAACAGCGACUGGUCAAAGAUAAUAACUUCCACAGCCUUUAUGUCAAGAGGCACGAGAAUGUCAGUAUUCUAUAUGCUGACAUUGUUGGCUUCACCCGGUUGGCCAGUGACUGUUCUCCCAAGGAGCUGGUCAUCAUGCUCAAUGAAUUGUUUGGGAAAUUUGACCAAAUUGCCAAGGAAAACGAAUGCAUGAGAAUCAAGAUCCUUGGAGAUUGCUACUACUGCGUGUCAGGGCUGCCGGUGUCUCUGCCUAGGCACGCCAAGAACUGCGUCAAAAUGGGCCUUGACAUGUGUGAAGCCAUCAAGCAGGUACGCGAGGCCACAGGGGUGGAUAUCAACAUGAGAGUGGGCGUGCAUUCUGGCAAUGUGCUCUGCGGUGUUAUUGGCCUUCGCAAAUGGCAGUUUGAUGUGUGGUCACAUGACGUCACUCUGGCCAAUCACAUGGAGUCGGGAGGCCUUCCAGGACGUGUCCACAUCACAGAGGCGACACUGAAGCACCUGAACAAGGCUUAUGAAGUUGAAGAAGGCAACGGCCACAUCAGAGACCCCUACCUAAAAGAGCUCAAUGUCCGAACCUACCUGGUCGUUGAUCCACGGUCUAAGGACCCUUCACUGAACACCCGUAGCGCGCCUAAACCUCGUGUCAAUGAUGGUCUGAAGAUGCGGGCAUCUGUGCGUAUGACCCGUUACCUGGAAUCCUGGGGGGCCGUCAAACCUUUUGCCCACCUCCAGAGCCGAGAGGGCUUCACCCCAGACGCUAUUGUCAAUGGCAAGUCACGCUGCAAGAGUAUUAGUACCAGUGGUGGAAGAAGUACUCAGAUCUUUUAUGACAUCCCCCUGCGAUCCGCCCCUGGCUCCAAAAUCACUGAGAGCUUUGAUGAAUCUCUAGAGGAACCAUUCUCCUUGCCCGCACCUCCGUUCAGCAGCUAUAAGAACAAAUCCCAGAAGAGUAAGUUUGACGAGGAGCUGCACAAUGAGAUGACCACUACCAUAGAUGAGCUCAGCAGCAAGCAGUGGUCUAAGUCUGAAGAGAGUGGCAGUUUAGCUCUGUGGUUUCCAAAGAAGGAUCUGGAAAAACAGUACCGAGCCCUGGAUUUGCCGAUGUUCAAACACUAUGUUGGCUGUGCCACCUUCAUCUUCCUCUGCAUCUUUUUGGUUCAAAUGUUUGUUACAAAGGAUCAACAGAUGUUGGGGAUGUCAUUUGGAGUGUUGGUUUGUGUGCUGCUGCUGACCCUUGCCAUCUGUUUCGCUGGUCACUUACAGCGCCUGUUUCCAGAGAAGCUGUCGAGGUGCCAGUGGCUGCCAGCCGUGUCUGAGGCGGUGGUAAAGCGGCCAUGUGUGCGCCUCCCUCUGGCCACCAUCACUACUACGGUCAUCGUUAUCUUGGCUGUGUUCAACCUGUGCUUCAUCCAGACACAUGUGACAGAAGAUCUUGCUGACCUGUGCCACACAAAUCAUUCCCAUGCGCAGGGAUACGAGGAAGGCCUCUUCUACCUGCCCUACUCUGUAUACUGCUGCAUCCUAUCCCUCAUUGCAUGUGGAGUCUUCCUGCGCGUGAGCUUUGAGCUCAAAGUGCUCUUCCUCACUGUGGCCUCCACAGCAUAUUACAUCAUCAUCCUCAGCACCAAGAGGGAGCUCUUUGUGGCCUACGGAAAUGUCCUCUAUGCUCAGACCAAUAACAGCUGGAACUGCAGCAGAGAGGACGAAUCCAUCCUGCGAUGGAUAGGGCUGGUGAAACACCCCCAGGUGAUGAGCUGCAUAUACAUCACCCUGUUCCUGGUUACUAUGCUCAUCAUCUCACAGCAGAACGAGUACUGCUUCCGCCAGGAUUUCCUACUAAAGUACAAGAACCACACAGAGCAGGAUGAGAUCGAGACCAGGGAGAACCUGAACCGCCUGCUACUGGAGAACGUGCUGCCGGCCCACGUGGCAGCGCUGUUUGUCGGGGAGAAUAAAAAGAAUGAGGACCUCUACUACAAGUCCUAUGACUGUGUGUGUGUGAUGUUCGCCUCGGUGCCGGAUUUCAAAGAAUUUUACACCGAGUGUGAUAUCAACAAGGAGGGCCUGGAAUGCCUGAGGCUGCUCAACGAGAUCAUCGCCGACUUUGACGAGCUGCUGUCCAAGCCAAAGUUCAGCGGUGUGGAGAAGAUCAAGACAAUCGGCAGCACUUACAUGGCUGCUGCUGGACUUAGUGGGACGCCUGGUCAGGAGAACAAUCAGGACAAAGAGAGGCAACUGGCCCAGAUAGGGAACAUGGUGGAGUUUGCCAUCGCUCUGAUCGGCAAGCUGGACGGCAUCAACAGACAUUCCUUCAACAGCUUCAGGCUACGUGUGGGUAUUAAUCAUGGCCCAGUGAUAGCUGGAGUGAUCGGGGCGAGGAAACCUCAGUAUGACAUCUGGGGCAACACGGUCAACGUGGCCAGCAGAAUGGAGAGCACUGGGGAGCUCGGAAAGAUCCAGGUAACAGAGGAAACGUCCGACGUGCUGCAGAAGCUGGGAUACUCGUGUGAGUGUCGGGGAUUUAUAAACGUCAAGGGGAAAGGGGAGCUAAAAACCUUCUUUGUGUGUACCGACAUGAGCAAGCAGCAAAGUAUGGGGCUGAGCUGAGGCCAGGCCGCCGCAGCCAACAGAACUGGAGACAGACUCAUGCACACAAGUCAAAGAGUUUAUGAACUCCCGCACACACCACAAGUGUUGAGACAGACCUACCUGUAAAACAGCUGUGUUCCUGUGAAGUUGCUGAAUGAAAAUACUGAGGCGUAUUAAGGGCUGCCGCUGCGCUGUGUGCUGCAUGUGACAGUGAACUCUCUCUGCUUGGGAGCCUUUUGUCAGAUCAGGAUGUGGCAGUCAUGCUGGAGAGAUGGUCAGUACAUACUAUCACCAUCUUUUACUAUUCAAGAACACAUUUUUGUACUUUUUUUUUUUUUGUCUCUAACUUCGAUGUUGUUUGUGAAAGAAAACGUAUAUUGUACUAAUGCCAAAUACAUUUGCGUAAUUUUUGAAGACCUCUUUGGUCCUUUAAAAACAAAACAGUGGAUUCUGUUUGGAUCAUGUGAAACCAAUCUGGUUUUCCUGUUUGAGAAGGGACGGACACUCUGCUCUAUUACUGUGUAAUGAGCAAGACAUACUAUAUGUGAGGCGGUGGGACAGAGCUGUUUCAAUAUCAGAAACAGGCUGUACAGUAGACAAAGAUAUAGAAAAACUCUUUUCUUUCUCCUGUCUGCAGGACAUAUUCAGAUAAGAAAAAGUAGUAAGUUUUAUUUUCUGGCCAGGCUGCAAAUCCUAGUUACUCCAUCCUCAGCACCUUUGCCCCGUAGGUUUAGGUUUAACAACUCUUCAUGUGAACUCUCUAUGUUCCAGCUGUACAAUUCGGCUUGAGUCACAUAUAUGACAAGAUACUUGCUGCGUUUCAGGAGGAGGUGGUGGAGGAGGUAGAAGCCCAUGUGCUGUAUGUCUGCAUCUGUUAAAGUGUUUAUUCUUCUCAGAUAAGAAACCAAUUUUCAGUGUCUUUAGCUGCCUGUCUGCAUAUAUGCUACGACGCGGGAAACCUUCAAUGCUUUCUUCGGUGUCCUUAGUCUACAUGUGUGAACCUGCCUGCUACGAAUGUUUUUCUGGCUCCAGCACAGAUGAUCACCUGACCUGAUCUGGAUCGCUUGCUGGGCCUCUGAAAACUGGAUUUGUCUUGUGGCCUUACCUUUUGAGACCAUCAUCUCGUCUGUAAUUGUGGUUACAUCAUAAUAAUAAUGUAUUUGCCUUUAUGUGAACAAAUGUGACAUUGGAUUUUGUACAGAUACAGAAUGUAAUAAAUGUUUUCCUAAGUCUAA